GUCGACUUGGACAAGAUGGUCAGCGUCGGCAAGGAACCGUUCAUCUUCGAGAAGCACGUCGUGCGAGUGAACGAAAUCGAAGGAAACGGCAAAGAUCGCCCUCACAGUUUAGAGGCUGCAGGCGGCGAUGCCGAUUGCUCGACGUGCAGCGAGACCGAGGACCCGUCUCUGACAUGCUAUACGGAACUGUCGCAAGGCGGCGAUGACUAUGAGGAAGGUGGUGCCGAGAAGAGCAAGCACGAUACGGAUUCUGGCGCCUCGUCUCGUCAGUACCUUUCCGAGCACGAGGCGAUCGAAACACCUACCGAAGUGGUCGGCGUCGAGUGGGAGUAUGACCCGGACAUAAAGAGCCGCUACUGCUCGAUCUGCGGUUACCAUGGCAAGUGGAUAUCGGAGAUGAUCCGGCACAAGCGAGUGCACACCAACGAAAGACCGUUCCGAUGCAAGUACUGUUCCCGUACCAGCAAGUGGAAAGCGGACCUGAUUCGUCACUACAGUAGAAGCAAGACGUUCGACGGCUCUGAAAGUGGUAGUCAGGCAACGAAGGACGCGGACCAGGGCAGCUAUAACAACGGUGCUACCUCGGCUGACGAGCUGAUGCUGUCCGAAGACGGUGUUGGCUCUUGUUCGCUGAUCGACCAGACCAACGGCUCGCAUACACACAAAAGAAGGGUGCUGCAUAACAGAGGAACGAGUGUGGCAUCGGAGGAAAGCGCUAUUGCCAAGACGAUAAACGACGUGGUGGUGAAAACGGAAUCGGGAAUGUUUACCGUAAAAAAUGAAGACCGAUUAAUGGUUUCGUCCGGCCCCGUUGCUGGGAUGACGCCCAUGGCGGAUGGUCGCCUUUCGUUGUACAGUUCGAAGGACCUGCGUGAGUUAAUCGGCACGAAGCUGUCCGGCGCGUUGGAAAAAUACGUGACUGUUUGUCAGGGCAACGACGGAGAAAGUUUGCUGAAGUGCCGCAUUUGUCCAUACGAGACCAAGGAUUUGCACACAUUCCGGGCUCACACGCAGAAGCACGAGAACAAGAAGCCGUACCAGUGUUCUACAUGCGGUUACCGGUCGAACUGGAGCUCAGACGUUCAUAAGCACAUCCGUCUGAAGAAAUCCGGCCACGAGUCGGCGUACGUCGUCAAGUUGAACGAGGCCGGCUUUCCACACAUCAAAUCCAUGGUCAUCUCAUCGCGCAACCGAGCUCACGCAAUGACCAUCAAUUCGGCCCUCAAGGUGUGCCUCCGUUGCGACUUCGAGAACGACAGUCGCUCAGACGUCAUCGACCAUCUGAACCUGGUGCACAACAGUCCUCCGUACGCCUGUCGCCACUGCAACUUCAGCAGCCAGUACCGCAAGCCGUGCAUCCUGCACACCCAGUCGCAGCACAAGAGCCUCAAUUCGAACAUCGUCGAAAACAUGAUCUGCGAGUACCGCAGGAACGCCAGCUUCCCGCCGAGUACUGGUGACCGUCUCGUUCGUUCGGCCACUGGCUGUGUCGGUGACAGGCGAGGGUCAGCGCCGCCGAAUGUCAUCGUCGCCAAGAACCACGACAUUCAGCCGUUCAAAAGAGGAGCUCCGAACUUCGAGGGCGACGUUUCAUCUUUCGACUCGCCUCCCCCGGCAAAGUCGAGUCGCUUGGACGACUAUACCUCGUCUUUCUUAGCUGGUAGUGGCAGGGAAUACGUGACUGCGAACGACGGUCGCCGCCGUCGACACAGCGAGUCGGUGUCCGGCGGCAGUCAGGCGUCCGCCGACGACAAGUUCGAUACGGUGGAAACGUUGUGUUGUGACCUGUGUCCCUUCAAAUGCUGCGUCGCCGAAGAGCUUUGCUUCCACGUCAGGGGACACGAAAAGCCGAAGUGGCUCAUGAGCUACAAGUGCGUGUUCUGCGACUGGUACUCGAAGAAGAAGCUCGAUAUUUUCCAUCACCUGAAACUGCAUACCAGUGAUCCGUUUCCGUUCAUGGCCGAAGUCGAACGCAACCUCAUCACACCUCUGGCGCAGAGGGCUGCUGCCGACGAGCACAGCGACGCAAAUGCCCUGCUCGGCGUCAGUGGCAUGGUCAAGAAGUAUGCCUGCUCGCAGUGCUGCUUCGCGACGGAUUUUGCCCGAAAUAUGGAGCUGCACCGAGCUUGCCAUGGUUCAGUGGUUGGCCCGUACAACCAAAGCGGCGAUAACUUCUGCAUGCGCAGCAGCAUUACCUCCCAUAGCUGCUACGCCGACGGCUCGACCAGGUCGAGGCUAUUCUCCAUGAUCGCCAAUGCUGCCUUGCCUAGUCUGCCCGUCAGUCCCGACGCUGCCAGCAGCAGUUGCCGAUCAGGAAGUGUGCCUUUGUCUCGUGAUAGCGGUGUCUACCUCGACUAUAACCACGUCGGUGACGUGAUCUCUGAAUUCACGGCUAUCAUCGACGCCGCCGACCAGGAUUUGAACAAGAGCAGCGAUGCCUCCUCGGCAUUACGAACCCACGACAGUGGCGAACACGCUCUGAACUUGAAGGCCGUUACCUCAGCCUCUAAGCCGAAUGCAGAGACCUCAUCAGACCCUGUAGACGCCUUUACUGCAACCUCGUUACAGAAUGUUGAUGGUUCCAGUGGUAAGGAGAUCGAUCCCGACUUUAACAUAGAGGAUUAUAUUCAUGCCGGCGAAACUUCUGUCGCCGUUGAUGAUACAUCCGAAAGCACAUCGAAAGAUAUUCAAAAGAUUUCUGUCGUGGUCAACGGUGAAGUGAAGAAGAUGUGGCAGUGUCGGUACUGCCCCCAUGCUAGCAAGCGCAGAGCCAAUAUUCGUAUGCAUGAAAAGAAGCACUUCAAGGCUAACGCGCUCGGCCUUAUGAAAUGUCCCAAGUGUAAUUACCGCGGUGAGCGUCGAUCGUUGAAUAUCCACUAUCGUGUUCAUGCAGCAGGAGUGCUGCCGGUGUCUGACUGCGUUGCCUGUCCAAGUUGCGCGGCAGUUUUCCGACGCCAGGAUUAUUUGAAUCUUCACAUGUUGUAUCAUACGGGGAAGUUUGACUUUGCCUGCUCACUGUGCAAGUAUUCCGUCCCGUCUGAACAGCUGUUGAAAAAGCAUAUGCGAGUUCACGAAAGCAAGGUCGAUUCGGGUACCUUCCAGCUGCCGAGUGAAUUCGCGUCGGGUUCGUCUGAGACAAGGCGCAGUCCGGCAUUGUUGCAGUAUGGCUCGAACGAAACGGUCGCUUCUAAUGGCGACGAUGAGACGGCCGGUUCAGUGAUCAGUUCUCUGGACACGGUCACGUCGUCGGACGAAGAAGAGUCGACGGGUCCGCGGUCGCCACCGGAUGCCACCGUUCACGAGGAAGAGGAGGCGGUGGAUUGCACGCCGACUGAUCUGCGUCAAUCAUGCGUCGUUGCUACUUCUAAAAACAGUGAACAAGGUCUCGAGGAGCAGGAGCGCCCUCGUGACUUGUCCUCUCCCCAAAACGGCGCUGUUGCUGAUCAGUGCAUUCCCGCAGACACGACGGAACACUCAGACAAUCGCAGGCUUCCCCUGAAGAUGUAUGCAUGUUCUUUGUGUAGUUACUCAGUGCCUUUUUCAAUCGACCUACAGAAGCACCUCUGUACUGUACACUUCAUCGAAGAGAAGCAAGCGAUUGUGAUGGUAGAGAAAGCUGACGACGGAUCGUUCAUCGAGGUUAUGGACUACGACGAAGCGCCAACGGUAGACAACGACGGAUGUGUGCAGCCACCGGCAAACGACAGGAGCAUGGUUAGCCCUAGUAUCGUACAGAAUGGGGGUCUUAAAAUCAAGAUCAACCUUGGAAAACGGGUGUCCAACCAGGACAACAUCAUCUCUAACGGCAGCCAGCUUUGA